CACCUGCGAAUUAUCAAGAACAGGACGGAGCGUCGGGUCGCUGCCGGUUCAUCAGCGCCCGCUCCGUAUCAGGAUGGCGGAGCCGCUUGACUGGUGAGAAUGAAGAAUCUCACCCGCAGAAGUUGGAAUUUCUCGUCUAAAUUCACUGUCGGAGAAGUGAAGAGAAAGGACCCGAAGGAUGCACGCGUUCUUCUUGGUACGCUAACCGGUUGUUUAGAGUUUGUUCUGAUCGGGCUAUCGCAUGGAAUGAAGUGGCAGUGUUACCAGUCACCAAACAUGUCCGUCAUCCUCAAGCGACAAGCUUGCGUUGUGUGGGAGGAGAAUGUGGAGUGCGUGUUGGUUCGGUGCGAGGGAGCUUUGUUGCAUACGCGCAACCAGAUGGUGGCCUUUGUUGUCUCAACUCGUCAUUUGACCUCUUCCCCCCAGCUGUCUUCCCUUCCCUUGCGGGAAGCAAUUGCAGGCCCUGCCGAAAUUGGUGUCUCAAUCCACCAAAACCCCUUGCUUGAGCCCGCGUCACUCGCUCGGGAAACUCUUACGGCCGUUGGACUGUCAAGUGUCCCGCGUAUGCUGUCCCAGACUCCUUGUCACAGCAACGUGACACAAACCUGGCGCGCACCAGCAGUGGCUGCGAAGCUACCUGUCCUGGCGUGCCUGGCGAGCAAGGGAGCUUGAACCAUGCCGCCGUGAUGCGCCUGCUUACGCUCAGUCAGUCCGUCCGUCCGUAUUCAAAGCACAGCUCUGCAGCCAAAAGCUCGCACCGACCGACGCCAUUGCUUUCUCAGAGCUGUGAUGGGUCAAACA